ACGUAUCUAUUGUCUGGAGAUAUUAUUACACGACGCCAAAGCUAUACCGCAUCAUCUGCCCUCACGCCUCUCUCUCUCUCGUCGGUGAGAGAGAAAGAGACAUUGAAACAGAAAUAGAGGGGAGAACCAAAGGUCAGAGCACAUCAGCAUACCCUUCUGGGUGAACUAUAGUUGAAGACAGUAGACCCCCAAAGAAUGGUGGGUAUUUUUUCUAUAUUUUCUGUCUACAGAAACGGUCACCGACGAACCCAAAGUGCACUUGAUCAGGGCGAAGUACUGCCCCCUAAUUCUGAGGCUGCAGAAGCCACUACAGUUACAGCUGCGCCACAUGGUAUCGAAGUUGCGGUUGAAUUUAAGCCAGUUGAGUGCCCGACGGAGCCUCUUGACAAUGAUCGUCCGAUUCAGUGCCCACUGCCUGAACCUUCGAUUCGUAACGACGGACGAAUAUGGAAGGAGCGAACAUCUGCUGGGGUGCGGAGAAGGCCAGAUUUGCCCGUAAUGCAGGAGGAGACCGGGACCCCCACAGAACCAGAGGCCAUGGGGAAUGAAGAAGUAAAAAGGCCACCAUCCAACCGCAUGAUCCUACCAUCUAUCAGUGCCCCUGAACAUACCCUCCUUAAACUGCUUGAAGAAUGAAAUGCAUCUGGGAUCUGAUAUCACAUGGUACUGGUGCAAAUUCAAAAGCUUUUUUCUCUCACUGUUUUCUCGUUGUAAUUGUUGUAAAAGCUACCAUGCACAAUGCUUUCCCUCUCUGGCUGUCUCUCUUUUCGAUCAAUUUCUGGGAAGAUUUAUUUCUGAAUGGACUCUUGUCGAGUCGGAGAUUGUGUAUGUAUAUCAACAGAUGAAAAAGGAGAUCAAUACAUAUCUUUACUUGAAUAGGAAAAUACACUCUUUUUACAUUAUUCCUUCCAAUCAUUCACGUACUAUGAAAUUGUAGAUAGAGCUUAGUUUAGUCAAAUGGGCAUUAUUGUACUAUACAUAAGAGCACUCCAACACAAGUGAGAACUAACACCAGAACACGAUGAUGCAGAAUGUUAAACCGGUAAUUCACGAACUUGGAACAGAUGCUCAACCUUCGGAUUGAUAAAUUGUUUCCGAGGCCCACGAAAGCUUCCAUGAUUCAUCCACGGCUUCCUCUGCCACAUCCCGUGGGAUUCUCGUACACGCUUUUCGCCGACACGAGUACCAGCAGCAGAAGAUGAAUGGAGCAACGCUGAAGAGAGGAAAAUGAAGAGCAGAAGAGCUACUGAAGUGAAGAAGAUCCUCAACUGCACCAUUGUGAUAUUCUGUUUUGGUGGUUUAUU